AUGGUCAACAUCAAAGAUAUUGCCGCAUCAAAUGCAGCCUUCAAGAAAGCCAACACCGGCCUAGUCGCCGUCUUCGUCGGCGCAACCAGUGGUAUUGGAAUGGGCACACUGAAACAAUUCGCAAAGAACGCCAACAGCCCAACAAUCUACAUCGUAGGCCGCUCCCAAAGUGCCGCCAAACCACUCUUAGACGAACUCAGCACCUCAAAUCCAGAAGCCGUAUUGAACUUCAUCGAGACAGAAGUCUCACUCAUGAAGAACGUCGACAAGGCAUGUGACGAGAUCGAAUCCAAAGAGACGAAAGUAGAUAUCCUAUUCGUCUCACCCGGCUACCUAUCAUUCGAUGGUCGAAAUCAAAGCGAAGAAGGGAUAGACAUUCCGCAUGCCCUGCGCUACUACACCCGUCUCCGCUUCACCUACAACCUCCUCCCCCUGCUAAAAGCAUCACCCAACCCGCGCGUAAUCUCCAUCCUCGCCGGCGGCCGUGAAGGCGACAUCGACCUCUCGGACCUAGAAGUAAAAGCCAACUUCUCCGGUCUGAAAGCCAUGAAGAACAGCACCACGCAAACAACCCUUGCCUUCGAAGAGCUGGCCAAGACUAACCCAAGCGUGACUUUCAUCCACAAAUACCCCGGGUUCGUGGAUACCGGUGUCCUGGGUCGCUUGCUGGGUACUAUGACGGGGCUGUGGGCACUGCCCGCGACCUUUGUCAAGUGGUUUAUUUUACCGGUUCUUAAUUUUUUCUCGACGAGUAUUGAGGAGGCUGGGGAGAGAGGGGUGUUUCUGGCUACUAGUGCGAGGUUUCCACCCCUGAAGAGAAGGGAUGGGUGGGAGGCGGCGGCGGUGCCGUUGCCGGAGGGGGUGAAGGAGAUUAGUGAGGAGAGCGGGGUUUAUAGACUGGGGGCGAAGGAUGAGAGUGUGGAUGCUGUGCCGGUGUUAGUUAGGUAUAGGCAUGAGGGUGUGGGGAAGACGGUUUGGGAGAGUACAUUGGCUGUUUGGGAAAGGGCGCUUGCGAGGUCGGGAUAG